UUGUCAAGCGCGGUGCGAUCGCAGCUCGUGAAUAUUUUCAUUAUACGUUUAUUGUAAGCUGUUGUCCAGUGUAUUUGUUAUGUGCGAAAGUGGUUGCACAAUGCCGAUCAUAGGGAUUCUGAGUCAAGAGACGAUAUCUCUGGAGUCCAGGAAUCUGCCGAAGGGAUUAUACCGCAGUUACAUAGCCGCCUCUUAUGUAAAGUUCGUCGAAAGUGCAGGAGCGAGGGUCGUCCCGAUCUGGAUCGGCAGGGAUCGGGAGUACUAUCGCCAGGUGGUGAAGAAGACGAACGGAAUUUUGUUUCCGGGCGGUGCGACCUGGUUCCACGAGGAGAAGGGUUACGGGGAAGCGGGCGGCUUCAUCUACGAGAUGGCCGUCGAGGAGAACAAAGCCGGAAAACAUUUUCCUCUGUUAGGGAUUUGUUUGGGGAUGGAGCUUAUGCUCUACUUGGAGGCGAAGCGCGAUCAACAACUCCAAUCGGACUGCGACAGUUUCAGGGUGUCGUUACCGCUGCAUUUUGUUGAAGGAUAUCAAAAAAGCAAGCUGUUUUCCAACGCCUCCGAUGAUAUAAUAGACAUUUUAUCAACCAAAGACGUGACGCUGAACAGCCACAGGUUCUGCAUAACACCGGAAAAGUUCACCGAAUACAGUUUGCACGAAUCCUUCCAGUGUUUAUCGACGAACACCGAUCUCAACGGCCUGGUGUUCAUCUCUUCAUACGAAUCCAUCAAAUAUCCGUUCUACGGACUGCAAUUCCAUCCGGAGAAGAACGCGUUCGAGUUCGUCGCAAGUCAGGCGGGUUACGUGAACCACAGCAAGGAGGCCGUCGCAGUCACGCAGUAUUUCGCCAACUUCUUCGUAGACCAGGCCAGGGAGAACAAGAACAGCUUUUCCAGCGUCGACGAGGAGGACCGCAACUUAAUUUACAACUACAACCCACUUUUUUACUCUCUACUAGGUGGCAAUAUGCAGCAGAUCUAUGUGUUCAACGAGGAAGAAAAUAGGAAAGAAAUAAAUAUCGAGAAGGAAGAAAAUAUUUAAUUUAUGAUUAUUGACUGAAAAAUAUUU